AUGGUGUCUACCGGAGAGACCGUUUUAACGACGACAAACUUGGCUGAAGGAUUUUUGAGAACACUGUUUGAGAAGGUCGAAACCUCUCAAGUGAUCAUCGAUGGCCUUGACGAGUGUAACUCGGACCAGAGGAAGCUUAUACUUGCAUUUUUCACAGAUGUCGUACGGAUUUGCGAUGAGAGGGAGCCUGGCAGACUUCGCGUCAUGUUCCUUAGUCAAGAUUACGGAGAUAUCCAAAAAUCGUUGCUAGCUGCGAGUAGUCUGAAACUGACCGAAAGGGAGAACGAACCAGAUAUUGCGAUCUAUGUUCAGCACCGCACGUCAUCAAUCCCGCAGAACCUCGACCUGGAACUUUCUACAAAAGAGAUCAUCAAAGAGUCAGUAUGUGGACGUGCUAGAGGAAUGUUCCUCUACGCGAAACUCGUCAUGAAUCACAUCUGCGGUCUUGAUACCAAGGAGGCUGUGCUAAAUGAACUGAACUCCUAUGGAUUUCCUGACGGACUAGAAGAAGCAUACGAACGUAUCAUCAAGCGACUACAUGACACACUGUCACCAGCCCAAUGGAAGAGCACUCGGAAACUCAUGGGCUGGCUAGUGUGUGCAAAAAGACCUCUGAGGUGGCGCGAAGUCCAAGCAGCGUUCUCCAUGGACGCAGGGACUCAGACUUUCGAUUUUGAUAAACGGAGACUUUCAAACAGCAUUCAACAUUACUGUGGAUCACUAAUCCAGGUCCUUUCUGGAGACUGCAUAGAACUUGUUCAUACCACAGCCAAAAUACAUAUCGCUUCCUCGGAAUAUAUCUCCAAGUCAGCGGUGGAAUGCGACCUAGCCUCACUUUGUCUUAGAUACUUAACAUUCGACAUAUUUGAUCCAGGUUUCGACGAAGAACGUCUAAAGAGUUGCAUACGAGCUGGGGAUUUAUCAUUCCAGGACUAUGCUAUCGCUAAAUGGAUGGAGCAUAUUCAGACAAUCAUUACAAACAAGUCAUGCAUUUCACCCCAUGAUGAGAAUGAAAACUCGAGGUCUGUGGAUGAGGUCCACGUUGCUGUGAAUGAGUUUGCGCUGCGCUACGAGAAAGACAUACUUGAAUGCGAAAUGACCGACCGUGCAGAGCAAGACUGCGAGCCAUUUCAUAUUACACCCUGUUACGAAAGCUUGAUGAACAUCUGGAAUCUGGUUUGCCAGCACGCCAGUAUGGGAUCUUCUGCCAAAAACGAUAUCAGUAUCAAAGAGCUUGGAAGUGCUCUAACAAGGAGUAGAGAAAUCUUGGAGAAAAUCACCGCAGAGCACAGCCCACACUCGCCAGAGAAUGAGAAAUUGAGAAAUCUCUACGGCGAUCGGCUGUUUAAGUGUCCGAAAGUAACAUGCUAUUACUUCCACGAGGGUUUUAAGGGCGCAAGAACCAGGGACCACCACAUCAACCGGCAUGACCGCCCUUUCAGUUGUUCGUUCCCGGACUGUUCGAUUGUGGAAUUUGGAUUCACUUCAAAUAAGGACUUGGAGAAACACCGAAAGUUCUUCCAUCCAGACACGGAAGAGCAAGCCAACUCAUUCAGCUCUAUCGUGAAACCCACCACUGCCACCCCUUUCCAAUGCAACAUAUGUCAGAGAAGGUUCACAUGGAGCUUCAUUCACAAGAACCAUUUGCUGAGCCAUACCGGAACUCGACCACAUGCUUGCUCGGAGUGUGGAAAAGCUUUUACUAGGGCGAAUGAUUGCAGGAGACACGAGAAGAUCCAUUCAAAGCGUCGAUAA